GGAGGAAGUCGAGGGUUAACCAGUGUUGUGGUCGAGGCUGGCGAGUCACCACCUCCAGCACCUUGUGUUACUCUCACCACUAUAGCCUCACACCACACCCUCACGCCUCACACCUCCUCCUCGAGGUGCUCCUAUAGUAGUGAUGCCGGCUUUUCAGGUAAAAGUAAAAUGGGGAAAGGAGUUGUAUCCAGAUAUUGAAUUGGAUACAGGUGAACCCCCUAUGGUUUUCAGGGCUCAAUUGUUUGCCUUAACUGGUGUUCAGCCACAGCGCCAAAAGAUUAUGCUCAAGGGUGCCACCAUCAAAGAAGAUACUUGGGAUGGACUCAAGAUUAAGAAUGGAGUGACCAUUUUAAUGAUGGGAAGCAAAGAGGAGGAUGUUCCUGUUGAACCAACGGAGAAAACUGCUUUUAUUGAAGAUAUGUCAGAAGCCGAACGUAAUACUAUGUUGCAACUACCAGUGGGUAUUAAAAAUCUAGGCAACACCUGUUACCUUAAUGCUGUUGUACAGUGCCUCAAAACAGUUCCUGAACUUCAUACGUCAAUUAAAGAAUUCAAACCAAAACGGUCAAGUGGAGAUGCAGAUUCCUCUGCUUCAUCUUCUCUCUUAUCAUUAGUGGAGGUAGAGUCUGGGUCUUUACUCACCCUAGCUAUACAAGAUUGUUACCGCACCAUGGAUGCUGGCAAGACUGCUGUUCCUCUUGUUCUUGUUAAUCUUUUCCGCUCGACCUUUCCCAGAUUUGCUGAACAAGGGGAGCAGGGAAUGUAUAUGCAACAAGAUGCUUCUGAAUGCUGGAUACAAUUAAUGCGUCUCUUGAUGCAAGAGGUACCUGCCAAAGACUCUUCAAAGACUUCUAAAAAUUUCACAUCUUCUCUUAUCGACCAGUUUUUUUGUGGAGAGCAUUCCUGUGAGUGGAAGUGUAUAGAGAGCGAAGAGGAGGAAGUUACUUACAAAACGGAUAACUUUCAGCAGCUCAUGUGCCAUAUUAAUCAAGAUGUUAAAUACUUGCAUACAGGACUUGUAGCCAGAAUGCAGGAACAAAUCACCAAAAGAUCAGAACUUUUAGAUCGUGAUGCAAUGUACACUAAAAAAUCUAAAAUAUCCAGAUUGCCAGCCUACUUAGUUGUACAAAUGGUCAGGUUCUUUUAUAAAGAGAAGGGAGCUGUAAAUGCCAAAAUUCUUAAAGAUGUAAAAUUUCCAAUAAUUUUGGAUGUAUUUGAUUUGUGUACUCCAGAAUUGCAGAAGAAGCUAACCCCUAUUAGAGAGAAAUACAAGGAUAUGGAUGAACGUCAGAUAGAAGAGGAGCGGGCCAAAAAGAGAGGCAAGCCUCUUGCUCUAGAAGAGAAACCACGCACGCGUGCGCUGCCCUUUUCCUUCGAAGAUGAUUAUGGGAGCAACAAUAGUGGGUUUUACAAGUUGCAGGCUGUAUUGACUCAUCAGGGUCGAUCUUCUUCAUCUGGUCACUAUGUAGCCUGGGUGCGGUGGAAGGGUGACGAGUGGCUCAAAUGUGACGAUGAUGAUGUUACAUCAGUUACAGAGGAGGAAAUCUUAAAGUUGUCUGGGGGAGGGGACUGGCACUGUGCGUACAUUUUAUUGUAUGGGCCACGAAUAUUGGAAGUGCCAAUUGAGGAAGACAAGAAACCAGUGGAGGGAGACGAGAAACCAGUGGAGGGAGACAAGAAAGCAGCGGAGGAAGCUAAGAUGGAGACAGAGUGAGAUAGUUACAUUAACUAGUUUCUGAUCAUAUCGGUGAGAUUGUUGAGGCUGUAAACAAUAUCGGGUCACUUUGUAUUGUUUUGACCAAUGCAUUGUGAUAUACGAGGUCAUCUUAUGGGUUUUGUUUUAAUGAAUUCUUAAGUUUUGCCCUAGAGUCAACUGAUGGCAAUGGAUUGUCCAUCUCAAGAAUUCUAAGCUUUAAACUUGCCCUCUGAUUUGUUUCCAGAAAGGUAGUUAAAAAUGCCUUUUUGUUGUCCCUGUGAAGACUUGAUUCCAUAUGAAUUAUCUUCAAAGAAGAUUUUUUUAAGCAAAAUAUAAUAUUAAUUUACUAUUUAGGAGGCAUGUUGUGCUGUCAAGAGGUGGGUUAUUGCCUUGUUUUGUACUAAUUGUUUGUCUCCCGUCAAAGUGGUUACAAUAAAUUUUAUUAAUGCUAAA